AUGGCUCCACUCAGACGUUCAGCUGCCUUUCGACAAAGCGUCCGACAAUUUCACAAAUCAGUCCGGGCCGGGGCAAAUACAGCAGCAAAUAUAAUUCGCCAGGAAGCAGAAGCAAAUAUAAGAUGUAUACGUCAUCCACCGCGAUGGGUACGUGUUCUGAGGAAAAUAUAUCAUGAAUACGGUCUCAAGCAUGUUCUUCUAAUCACUGUUCUUAUCAUUUACCAAUUUAUUGGUGCGGCGAUAUUUUAUCUUUGCGAAGCAACUCACGACGAAUCACUUGAAAUAUUUUGGGAAAAAAGCGUGCAACAAAAUCGAACACGUUUGAUAGAUGUCGUCGUAUCAUCUAUAUUUAAUAACAGCGAAUAUCUCUUCUUUCUCACUGCUAAUCAAACUAAGCAGAUCAGAAGACGUCUUGAUCACGAAUUAAAUUUAUAUGAAAAUAACCUCGGAAUUAAAUAUACAGACCAAAAAAUUCGAUGGGAUUUCUGGAAUGCUAUGUUAUACGCUCAGACGGUAUGCACAACUAUUGGUUACGGACAUCUCUAUCCAUCCACAACCACCGGCCGUAUUUUUACAAUGCUUUAUGCGAUUGUUGGCAUUCCGCUAGUACUCAGUAUACUUGACGAUCUCGGUAAAUUGUUAACGAAAUGUCUUAAAACACCUUGGUACCUCACUAAAUGUGGAUGUCGACGAUUAUUCCGCUAUUGUACUAACCAGACAAUGACUGAAAUUCGAGAGCUCGAUGCUUCAGAUAAACGAGACCUCGAAAUCUUUGAUUUACCAAUUCCGAUAGCAAUAUCUGUUGUUAUUGCAUGGAUAUUUAUUUGCUCCGCUACAUUUUGUGUUUGGGAAAAAGACUGGAAUUAUUUUGUUGCCUUCUAUUUCUUCUUCAUAUCUUUAAGAAAGUUGAAUUUUCAGUCAGAAAUGGCACGAACAUACGAAGUUGGGCAAUUGGAUAAUGUAAGCCUAAAUUCAGCUGAUCUUUCCUUCGGAAAUAUGGGUCGAAAAAUUUGCAAUAAGAAUCAUUCCAAAUCCGACAAUAAAAAUAAUACUAUUAAUAGCAGUACGUCGUUGUCUGGUGAUUCCCUUCCGCGUGUUUUACUUAAUAAGGAAAAUUUUAAUACGAGCCCUUAUGGGAAUUCAAAUGCCUACAGGCAUGCUUAUAAUGUAGGAAUUAAAUUCUUGCCAAGGAAUUUAUCGGUUGAUGAUGUGAUGAAAUUGGUGGAUACCGAAGAAGGAGAUAUUUUGGUACUGACUGAGCUUAUUCGCGAUGAUAGUAGUGUUCCGGACACAGUGAUGAUGUUUGUUAAUUCAAGAUUAUUCGGUAAUUACUCUAAAAUAUCCUCAUUAUUGCCAAAUGCACCUUCAACUUCUCUCAUUCGGAGUACAUUUUCGACUUAUAUGAAUCAAAAUGGAAUUAACAUAACGCCAUCAAUGUAUGAUAUUGAAACAACUGAAGAGAUGGAAGAUCGAAUUCUUUUGGGAAGGGCUGUUAAUAUAUUCAAUUCACCUGCUAUUCAUUUUAAAUCCAGGUUGAGUUUGGUAUCUGAAGGGCAUGAUGCAGUUGAUGAAGGUGAUGAGGAAGAAUAUGAGGACGAAGGUGAAGACGACGAGAAUGAUGACGAUGACACUCGCCCUCUGGAAGCCAAACUUGUUGAAGAAAGUCAAGCUUCUAUGGAACGAAUUAGGAAUCUGCCAGGUGGUCGAGGUAUGACAACAUUAAUUAGAUCUUUAAUUAAUGGGCAUGGAACGAGAAAACGCCAAUGCAACGUCGACGUAAGGAUCAGCUGA